GAAAUGCGGAGCGCGAUGGACUACUGCGUCUAAUACCCAAAGAUCCGAAUGGACGUAUUUCUCCCAUCAUUCACGCACAGAUUUCUUCAUUAUUUCGCGCACUGCUAGCGUUCAAAAUGCCUUUUCCACCGAUAAACCUGCACUCACGGAUAUCAUCGCCUAGAAAGGAGCUGUUCAGGAAAAAGAAGAGCAGGGACAAUGUCGCGCCUCCUCAACCCACGUUCAGUCAAAGGACAGGAGACGACAAGGAAUCGGAGAAAGAUAAAUUAUCCACAUCGUGGCCAUCGGCCAAUCUAAAGCAGCUGGGACGAAGCAAGCCGACCAGAGUCCCUCCAGAUCCCGAGACGGACAGCAAACAUUCGUGGUUGAGCGUCCCCAAACCCUUGGCUACCUCAUGCGAAAGCGUCCCGCGGUCCAGUUCUGGAGAGUCCAGCCAUAAAUACGCCUCCAGGAACUCUCUAGCAAAAGAAGGCGGCGAGCAAGAGAUCCACUUCUCCCUCAGCCUGACCCCCGAAGCCAUCCUGGUCAUCCAAAAGCGCAAUCUGGAAAAGCAGUUGAUGGCCAAGCAACAGAAGUGCUGCCCUUCCGCGGACUUGCGACACCGGCGGGUUUUCCCAUCCAAGAGAGCUCAGGGCAGCUCCAGUAAUAAGAGCUCCGGACCUGUUGCCAAACUAGACGGUUCCAAUGACAUUAGCACCAUUGUGAAGAUCUCCCUCCUCAACGACCAGUACAAAUAUGAUGAUGUGGAGUACGAGGAGGAGGAUGGAGACGUGGACGAGACCGUCAUGCGGAAAUGUAAAGAGUGGCUCAAAGGUGUGGAAAGUGCUGCUGCUUUUGGGAAAGAGGAUAAACUGUCAGCUCUGCCUCAUCUUAAAAGCUGAUAACCUGAACUAGGCCUACUUCAUUCCACAACGAAAGGUCCACUGUGAAGACUUCAGUUCAUGAGUUAUGUGUCAAACACAAAAGUCACCUAAUUUGCUUUUAGAAAUGAUGUUGUUUAAAGGGUCGUUCACACAGAACGCGUUCUUGCGUUGGACGGAGCGCAAUGUAAUAUAGAAUAUUGAGACGCCUUUGUAAAAGUUGAACUAUUUUCACCUGGACAAGUGCGCUUGGUGCAUGUGUAGAUAGAGCAACAAUUAGGUAAAAACAGCGCAAACGUCAAGAAAGAACGCGUCCUGUAUGCAUAUGUGGCUCUGGCACACAGGACGCGUUCUUGUGUUCGCAGACACCUGAAAAGCGCAACAGCGGACUGUUUUUAACUUGACUGUGCGACUUAAACUCUUGAUACAAGACGCUGAAAAAAAACUCAAUUGCGUCGCAAUGUUUACAUUGACCAACAGUUGGAACAUUGUAAGUUCUGUACAUUGGAACAGAACGCAGAGGUGUUCUAAAAAACUGAUUGUUUUCACCUUGAGGCGCCAUUUAAACCUGAUGGCGCAAUUCGCGAUGCACUGGCCAAAAACGUCCAUAUGACGCAGCGCACAUAAAGCAACAAUUAAUAAACAUGUCGGGCUGAACGCAAGAACGCGUCCUUUGCGUACACACACACAGCUGUCUUAAUGGACUGACUGGAAUGUUUUUUCUGCAUUGAGAGGUAUUGCUGAUCACUCAGAAUGUUUGCAGGUUACCUUUACGCAUUGACUGAGAAGCAGUAGUGGUUUUGCACAUUGCUAUUGUUUUCACUUUGCUGGGCUGAAUGACAGAUGUUUGUUUCAAUCUGUGGAAGUAAUACGGAGAAUUAACGGAGACGAGGAUGCGAAUGUCGACCGGUGAAAGGCAUCCAGAGGCCAUGAUCCUUCCUUUGUGCCAGAAAACAAUAGCCAUCAAGGGGACACUGUCUGAAAGCCUUAGAAUAGACACUUAAUAUCUGAGACUUGUUAAAAGUUUGUGUGUAAUAUGGACUCGGUGACUGUUUGAUCGACGAACCAGCCAUGUACAGUAUUUAUUCUGCAAUGUGGAGGUGUGUUUAUAUGCUGUGUGUUGUUCCAAGUCAUUUUUAAGGGUUCUGAUAAUAAAAUCGAAAAG